AUGUUGCCAGUCUGGAGUACAAUUGUAAAUGAGAUCAAAAGUAAUACAUUACAAUUUUCAUUAUUAUCAGCUGGUGGAAUAGGAAUGAUACUAGUGAUAUUAACAUAUUUCAAUGAUGAAGAUAUUUUUAGUAAUUUAACGGAAACACAGAGAAAAAGAAAAAUUAAAAAAGAAAUGCGAAAAAUAGAAAAAAAUCUUAUCAAACGAAAAAGAAGAAUGCAGGUAUUUAGAGAAACUGUGGGAAAAAUUAAUAAUUCUGAUAGUAAUAAUUCUAUUACAUCAAAUACUUUCUUAUUAAAUUGUAAAUGA